UGGGCAAGGCUGUCCCAAGUUGCUGUCAAGGGUGCUCAAUAUAACUCCCGUGAAUGCCAGCCCCACCUGAAAUGUUUGGAAGGGACUCGGGUGGAUCUCUUCAAAUACAUCCACCGAUUACUGGACAAAGAAGUGAAGAAUCAACUUAUAUGGCUGCAUGGCAUGGCAGGCAUUGGGAAAUCUGCUGUUGUGUUCACCAUAGCUGAGAGGAUGAAAGCAGGAACAUUCUCUUUCUUGUGCAAGCACACCAAAUGUUGCAUGGCUGGAUAUUUCUUUGUGAUGCUUGUCUACCAGCUUGCCAUCAAUUUUCCAAGCAUCCAGCAGGAUGUGAACAGAGCCAUCCACAACAAUUCCACUCUACUAGACCCAGACACACCUCUUUGCAACCAGAUGGAGGCUCUCUUUCUCCAACCU